UCGCAACCUCCCAACCUCCCAACCUCCCAAUCUCCCAUCCAAUCUACCCCUCCCACGUCGUGCCCUCAUGCCAACGAGCACCCUCCGUUUCUCGCCCCGAUUCCUCCCCUCGUUUGCUCCCUCGUCGUCGCUCCGUGCCGCAAAACGCUACUCCAAAAGCCCCAUUAUCUCGCCAGCAAGAAUGUCGUCCACCGGAACAGCUGCGCUUGCACGCAAUGCGAAGGCGGAGCGGAUUCGCAAUCCGGCUCUCUUCAUUUGCGAUAUCCAGGAGAAAUUCCGCCCGAUUAUCUAUGAGUUCCCGAAACUAAUCACCACAACAACCAAACUCCUCAAAGCCGCCAAACCCCUCAACAUCCCCAUCUACAUCACAACCCAAAACCGCGCCCGCCUCGGCGCCACCGUCUCCGAAUUCAACCCCUACCUCGACCCAGCCACAAACCCCAACGUCCGCGCCGACCUCGACAAAACCCUCUUCUCCAUGGUAACCCCAGAGCUGAAAGCCUGCUUACCCACCACCAUCACCGCGGCUGCCGACGGCGGACAGCCAGUACCCCUCGACGCCAUCAUCGUCGGCAUCGAGUCGCACAUCUGCGUCACGCAGACGACGCUGGACCUGCUGGCGCUGGGCCACAGAGUGUAUGUGGUUGCUGAUGGGGUGAGCAGUGUGAACCCUGAGGAACGGGUGGUGGCGCUGGCGCGGCUGAGGGAUGCGGGGGCGAUUGUGACGACGAGCGAGAGUCUGUUGUUUGAGAUUAUGGGGGAUGCGAAGCAUGCUGUUUUCAGGCAGAUUAGUGGGCUUGUGAAGGAGAGUGGGGAGGAGACGAAGAAGGCGCUUGGGGUGUUUUGUGGGAGUAAGAUUUGAUUUUCUUUUUAGGUUUUAGUUAUUUUAUUACAUUGUUUUUGUUUUUUAAGACGUGGCUGUUUUUGUUUAUGGAGGGAACUGGUAUCUAAUCCUAAUCUAUCUGGCUAAGAGAAACAAGGGGUAAGGGAACAAUUGUAUGUUUCUGACAUGUAGAGGGUAUAAGUCUAUCUCAUAUUCGGCGAAUGUAAAGCUUUUGUGAAUCGAUGGGGCUGAUGAAAAGAAAUGUGAGGCCUGCGAAGGCACCAACAACAUAACUAGGUGCUCCGUCACGCAACGAACAUGUUCUCAAUUCCAGUAUAUAUAUAUAUAUGUAUGUCAUAAUCAUCUACCCAGCAAAACUCCCAAACAGCUCCUUGACUCCGCGCUCUUGGCUGCCGCGCUCUUGGCUGCACUUUCCCUCGUGUCUUCUCCCACCAUACUGCACUGCCUCUGCAAAAGAGCAGGGCCGGCCCGGGGGCGGGCGGUGAAGGUGCGAGAUAAGAGGAGGGAAGACAACAGCAGAGAAGGAGAAGAGCUGAGUGGAGGAAAUUGACAGCCGCGGCGCCGGAUGCUCUGUAAAGUAGUUCACUAGUACUAAUUUCCAAAAAAGAAAAAAAGAACCAAAAAAAUAAAGGAACCGGUUCAUCGAACUGGACUGGCAAAUACUGCAGGUGGAGGAAUGGUAGGGCGAUCAGGAGAACAGAGAAACCGGUGGCUGAGGGCGUGUGGUGAGCGAGAGAAUCAGGCGCAGCUGAACAUUUAAGGCCAUGCAUGACUGGACAAUAACUAUAUGUCCAUGGAAUGACUAUGGCGAGCCUGCUCAGCGGGUGUGCGACAUGGACCGUCCGUAGCCCUUAUCCCUCCCCUCUCUCCCCCAGCAAGAUUCCCAACCCCCCACCCUCGCUCACAAAGGGCUACAGAAAGGGGGGGGAGAUGCAGGGAGAGAGCGAGAACCCACCCGCGAGAAAGCAAUAGAAAAGAGGGCGGAGCGAGACGUCUUUUGAAGCGGGGAGGGCGCGGACGCCACUCGUCGCUGAUGAGAAAAUACACAGAAACCCGAAACCGUACCGAAGUGGCGGGCGAUGAGAAAGUAUGCAGCAGCAUUGUACUCAGGCCCAGUGACGUAGGUAGUAUUCACCAAGUUCUUUCCUCUUCCCUCAAGUCUGAAAUGUAUUGCCGACAUGUUCCGAAUCAAUUCUGCCUUCCUCUCCGUUCAGACUUUCCUCACGCAAACCAUCCUUCAAUGGGGUUGCUUUUCAACGCCAUAGACUCCCGAGAUAGAGUGGAGGGUUAACACUGCGUGAGCUGAUCCGGGGGUGUGAGAACGGCAAACCAGCCGUCGAAUAUCUCCUUUGAACAAAUGAAUCGUUCGGGGACAAAAGUGUAAAGUGUUAAUGGGCGGGUCGCGAAUUGCGCGCGGGCUUAGUGGUGCUGGCCCGCAGCAGGAUGGAAAGAGUAGCGACUGGCGCUCUGCUGUUAACCGGGCGCGGAGCUGAGAGGGUAAGUGGUGGAAGGUGGGGACCCAUUACAUGGGGGCAAGAAACGAACAAAGCGCAAAUAGAGAGAAGGGAGAAAAGAAAACCUGGGCGGGUUAAUUCGGGAUUUGUUCUUUUAUCAGCCCUGGUGUGCAAAGACGGGGGGUAGACAGUUGGGAAAAGUUCGCGAACUUAAGAAGGGAAGAAAUCGAGAGAAAACAAAAGAAUUUAUGACAAGAGGAAGGACGGAGAAGUCGAAGAAAGCAAUAGGCAAAAGUAGAAAUUUCAAAAGAAAUAACAGAAGAGAAUCAAUCAUCACCCAUUAAUCCAUCAAACCCAUCAACUGCUAAAAACCACGACCUGCACAACUUUUCACACAGCAUCGUUGAGGAGACCACACAACCCAAUCGAGUCACGCACGCACACACCCACCGACAAACAGAAAUAAAAAAUAAAACAAAUAAAAAGCAAAGAGCAAAGAGCAUUCCUUCUCCGUCUACAUAUUGAUCAGAUGCACCUUCGCCAUCUUCCUGAAGAUAUUCUCGUCUACAGCGGAAGCGUCACCGUUCGAUGUUUUGGCGCCUGCACCAGUACCACCAGCAGCAUCACCACUUUUCCAGUCAACAGCCCACUGCCUCAACGUGAAUAGUUCAUCGAUAAAAGCCGGGAGAAAUGUGCCGGGGCCGUGUACUCCGUCUUUCAUGGCGGCGCGCUCAGCGGCAAUUUCGAGAAGGAGUAAACUGGCGAACACUGCGAGUAGCUUGUCACUUCUGUGCACGGCGAGGAAGGAGGCGGCCAUGGUGCCGAUUAUGCAGCCGGUCUAGGCGGUGGAGUUGGGUUGGUUAGUUUGGGC